GUCAUGGUGCCGAUGUAAAGUGUGUGGACUGGCAUCCACAGAAGUCAUUAAUAGCAUCUGGAAGUAAAGAUAACCAAGUACCAAUCAAACUCUGGGAUCCAAAGUCAGGACAAAGUUUAGCUACAUUGUAA